CGGCCAAUCAGCGCAGAGAAGCUGCUGCAAUCUUUUAGCAUUUGCUACUCUGUAGCACACACACACACAUACAUACACACUCACUCACUCACUCUCACACAUAUACACACACACUAACACACGUAACACAGCUACAUGCUGGGGAGACAUAGGAAGAAGCAGAGAUCCCACCACACACUCCAAGGGCUCCCCAGCCUGGCAGCCCCCACCACUCUCUGGAUCAGGGGGCUACUGGCUUCCCCUCUUGGAUAAAAUGUGGAUGUGACCCUGCAGAUCGCUGGCAAUGUCCAGGACCCUCUGAGAUACUUUGUAUCAGGGGAUCUGCCUUCUUGUCUUCCUCCCUGUUGAACUGCUGGCUGGAUUUCUGGGGGGAGGAAAGAGCAGAAGGGAAGAGACCUGGUUCUAUUCACUAGUUGCUAUGGAUUUUACUAGCAGCUCGUGUGGGGGCAGUGAUCACAGACCCAUAGAGGAGACCAAGCCCCUGCUGGGGGAGAUGGCUGCUCCAGAUGGGGGGAAAUCGGGGGCUGUGCCCUGCAGGAGAUCCAUGGUGCACUUCAAUGGGAUGAGAUACAAACUGCUGCAAGAGGGGGACAUCCAGGUCUGUGUCAUCAGGCACCCCAGGACCUUCCUGAGCAAGAUCCUCACCUCCAAAUUCCUAAGGAGAUGGGAACCCCAUCAUCUUACCCUAGCGGACAACAGCCUGACCUCUGCCACACCUACAGGGUACAUGGAGAAUAGCAUGCCAUACAGCGCCAUAGAGGAAGUCCAGUUGCUGUCCUGGGAGAACGCCCCAAAAUACUGUUUACAGCUAUCAUUUCCCGGGGGCACCGUCUUACUCCAGGCUGCAAACAGCUAUUUGAGAGAUCAGUGGUUUCAUUCUUUGCAGUGGAAGAAAAAGAUUUUCAAGUACAAAAAGGUUCUGAGUAACCCAAAUCGCUGGGAGGUUGUACUGAAGGAGAUCAGGACCCUGGUGGACAUGGCACUGACCUCCCCGCUGCAGGAUGACUCCAUCCAUCAGGCACCACUAGAAAUCGUCUCUAAGUUACUCUCUGAGAACAUUAAUCUAACCACUCAGGAGCACGAGAGCAUUAUCGUGGCUAUUGCUCCUCUUUUGGAAAACAACCACCCUCCUCCUGACCUGUGUGAAUUUUUCUGCAAGCACUGUAGAGAGCGUCCUCGUUCUAUGGUGGUCAUGGAGGUGUUCACCCCCGUUGUGCAAAGAAUUCUCAAGCAUAACAUGAUGUACUGGAUCUCUUUUACCGGCUCGGAUACCUCUCUCUAUCUACUGGUGGAGGUUGGAAAACACCUGCAUUUGCAGGAUUUUGGGAAGUGUCCCCGGCUGAGGCUGUUCACUCAGGAGUACAUUCUGGCUUUGAAUGAGCUGAAUGCCGGAAUGGAAGUGGUGAAGAAGUUUAUACACAGCAUGCACGGCCCCACCGCAACCUGUCCACACCCUAGGGUCUUGCCGAACCUGGUUGCUGUCUGUCUGGCUGCCAUUUAUUCUUGCUAUGAAGAAUUUAUCAACAGCCGGGACAAUUCCCCAAGCCUAAAGGAAAUCCGUAACGGCUGCCAGCAGCAGUGCGAUCGUAAGCCCAAUAUACCUUUACGGCUCCUGCACACCAAUCCCGACCUCGUUUCCCAAGAGGUGACGUCGGCGGAAUCUCGGCACAAGACGGUCAUUGUCACGUCCAACGAGAUCCAGGUGGAAGUGGAGCGCAACAACACAGUGAACCAGAAGCUAAAGGCAAACACUGGCAAUGACAGCGAACCCAACCUGAUCGACUGCCUGUUAAUUAGCCCAGUGUGCAGCACCAUGAACAUUGAGCUGAGCCCGCAGGCGGAAAGGGUGCUGGGGUGCUACGUGGAAAUACUGAAGAUGCUGUCAGACUAUGACGACUGGCGGCCAGCCCUGGCAAGUUUACUGCAACCCAUCCCUUUUCCUAAAGAAGCUCUGGCCCAUGAAAUAUUUACAAAGGAGCUGAAAUACGUCAUUCAGAGAUUUGCAGAGGAUCCCAGGCAAGAGGUCCACUCAUGUCUCCUAAGCGUCAGAGCCGGAAAAGACGGCUGGUUCCAGCUAUACAGCCCCGGAGGGGUCGCCUGCGAUGACGAUGGAGAACUUUUUGCCAGUAUGGUACGUGUCUGCAAUAAUGUUCACAUUUUGAUGGGCUCGUGCUAUAAGACUAAAAAAUUUCUGCUGUCGCUGGCAGAAAACAAACUGGGGCCCUGUAUGUUACUUGCCUUACGAGGAAACCAGACCAUGGUGGAGAUUCUUUGUCUGAUGUUGGAAUACAACAUUAUAGAGAACAAUGACACACAACUGCAGAUCAUCUCUACACUAGAGAGCACGGAUGUGGGGAAGAGGAUGUACGAGCAUCUGUGUGACCGACAGAGAGAGCUGAAGGAGCUGCAAAGAAAAGGAGGACCCACUCGCCUAACACUGCCAUCCAAGUCUACGGAUGCGGACCUAGCCAGGCUACUGAGCUCUGGCUCCUUCGGAAACCUAGAAAACCUCAGUCUGGCCUUCACUAAUGUAACGAGUGCCUGCGCUGAGCAACUUAUCAAGCUGCCUUCACUCAAACAACUGAACCUAUGGUCAACUCAGUUUGGAGAUGCGGGGCUGCGGGUUUUGUCCGAGCACCUCACUGCGCUGCAAGUUCUCAACCUGUGUGAAACUCCUGUCACCGAUGCUGGGCUGCUGGCACUGAGCUCUAUGAAGAGCCUCUGCAGCUUAAACAUGAACAGCACCAAGCUGUCAGCAGACACUUACGAGGAUCUAAAGGCAAAGCUGCCAAACCUUAAAGAGGUGGAUGUUCGCUACACAGAAGCCUGGUGACUUCCUACUAUCACUGAAGAAGGAUACACGUCUCAACGGCCUCUUUGUAGGACAAGGAACUUCUUGGACUACGAUCUGUGUUUUUGAAUUUAGAGGUCAUUUUUUAUGUAGGGAAGAUCAACGUUUGUGGCCUGAUACAGCUUCAGAAAUUUCAAGAUGAAUUCAUUAAUGGAUACAAAAGACUUUUUAGGCGCCAGAAGGUUAUACCGAGGAAACUAAAAAAAAAAAAAAAAAAACUUUUUGUGGAUUUUUUUUUUUAUUUGCAUACGUGUUCAUGCUGUGUGAGGGAAAAUUUUCAAAAAUGCAUAUGUUUUAUGUAUUUUUUUUUAAUUCAAUAUGAUUGGUUGGACUCAUUUAAAAAAAAAAAAUCCUGCUUUGACCUUUCGCUGCGUAACAAGGACUUACAAGAUCAUAAGCGCAACAAGAACGAUUGUCACUCUCUUUUUGCACCUUUUUUUCUCGCCCUGCAGCUGUUCUGCAAAUCCAUGUUUUGUAAAUAGGAUUUACGUCAUUCACCUAUUUAAAAAAAAAAAAAAGAAAAAAAUGGUUCAUACUCAGCGGGUCUGGGACCUGCUUUUUAUUUAUAAAAUGUAAAAAAUGUUUUUUUUUGUUUUUAUUUUGCAGAUAGAAUUGUACAAAGUAGUUUGUUGCUGUCAUGUUGACUGUGUUAUUAAUGUAUGUGUAUUGUUUUGGCUUUGAUUUCAGAAGAGAAAGCUUUCUUGAAUAAAUACCAUGGUUAAUGUAUGGUGUAUUUAAUAUAAAUAUAUAUCCCCUCAGCCACAUGCUGUGUCAAUAGCGUGGGAUACAGAAAACCAUUGCAUCCGAUAUUGGUUAUAAACAUUGUGUUUAUGCAUUAGUGCCCUGUUAUUGUCAUUUUGUAUAGAUCUAUGCCGAUAUCUUGUUGCUCCCUAUGUUUUGUUACCUACCUAAACUUAGGGUUCUAUUUACUAAGUCUUGGACAGAGAUAAAGUACCAGCCAAUCAGCUUCUGUCAGUUUUCAAACACAGCCUGUAACAUGGCACUUAGGAGCUGAGUGGCUGAUACUUUAUCUCCGUCCACUUUAUCUCUCUCCAAGGCUUAGUAAAUAGACCCCUUAGUCCAAUAUGUACAUGACUUUCAAUAUGAAUCCCUUGUGCACCUGCAGGGGAUCAAGCCACAGGGUGAAGCUUAUAGGUUUGUGUCAGCUGCAGCAGAUCUGUGCUGGAAAGCUGUUCCGUCAGCGAUGCCUACUGUGCUGCCUUCAAAUGUAAGUGCCUCAGCACUUCACUGACAAAAAGCCGAACGCACACACACACACACACACACACACACACACACACACACACACACACAUAUAUAAGAGUAAAAAUAUGCAUUUAUGUUUCCUGCAGAAAAAUGUCCAUCAAUUUAUCAUCGUGUAUACCAAGGGUAGGCAACGUGUGACUCUCCGGUUGCUGUGGAACUACACAUCCCAGCAUGCCCAGCCACAGUUUUAGCCUAUCCUAAUAGCACAGCUAAGGCAGGACGUGCUGGAACGUGUAGUUCGGCAGCAGCUGGAGUGUUCCACCUUGGGUACCCCUGUUGUAUACAGUAUUGUUCCAUUCUACCAAGAUACCAAUUACAGUUGUUCACAUAUACACUAUGGUAACAGGGCACAUAAUGCAUUCAGUCACUAUCCAUUGUCUAAUUAUAUAUAAUACAUGGGUAAAUGUUUAUACUGUGAUCAUUGUAAGUUACGUUGUUAUACGUAAUUGGAUACUAAGGAUGUUAUAUUGAUGAUAUCAUUUUUUUUUAUUAUUCACAAAUCCUUUAUUGUGGAUAAGGUUACUGCAAGUCACAGACCUUAGUGUCCUAUAUAAAAGCAACCUCAAUGGGUUGUCAUGACACCAGAACUCCUGGUGGACUUGUAAUACCCUUCUGAUGUUUAGUAAAGGUUAUGUUAUUCAGUGUAACUAUCUCAGCUUGUAACCUGCAGUACAAGAAAAUAUUAUUGGAAGUUCGUAUUACUUGAGACUGACGUCAAGGAAUAUGAAUCUGCGACUGACAUAGAUUUUUAUGUAAAAGCAGCAUGUACAGAAUAUAUUUCAGCCCUUCUACCAAGAGGGAUCCAGACUUAAAGAAUUGUCCUUUACUUAUCUAUUAAUUUAUCCAAGAGUUUCAAAAAUGUUUUGAAAAAGACUGCCAUUGGCUACUGAUGUUUUACUUCUAUAAAAAUGUGAGAAUCUUAUUCAUGCAUGUAAACCUGCAAGUCUCUUUCACAGUGAAAAGAAUUGGAAUAUAUCAGUGAUAGAUUAAGUGCUGCCUUCUCCCUGGCUGAUCGAUAUCGCCAAAGUGUGCUUUCUUUUGAAAUAAAAUGAAACGGUUGCCUUUGUUUUCAAA